AUGGUUGGUGUUAGUUCUACGCCAUCAUAUACUGUCCAGGAAGCAACAAGACAGUCAACGCAAGCCUGGCGUAAUGAUCUCACUAACCUCUUUCACCAGGCAAAGGAUCGAUUUGCAGAUGUUGUUUGGGAACUCCACUCCGACGAUAAUGACAAUGAUCACGAUGAAGUUUGGGGCCACAAAGCUAUCGUAUAUGCACGCGCCCCGCCUUCCUUCCAGCAACGCUACUUUCAAUUCCGCCCCCCUCCCAUCGCUUCCCCGACUCCAUACUCCACCACUCCCUCUCCAGCGCCAGCACAGUCUGCCAUGUCCUUGAGUCUCACCCUGGACUACGCCCAGACAUCUCGUUCUCCAUCUCCGUACCGUUCGUCAUCCCCUUCACCCUCUACCAACCUCAACGCCGUCAUGCGCAUACCAGCUAUUAGCAGCACAACCCUGUUUUCCAAUGAGUUGGAGUAUCUGUACACAGGCGAGGGACUUGGCGAGGCAUUUGAAUUUCUCUUUGAUACCUCAGAGUCGCGCGAGCUUGUUGAUGCUGAGGAGAACCGCGUUGACAAGCUGCGCAAAGACCUCGUGUUUAUGUGGCGAUCUCGUCUCUAUUCUGACGUGCGCAUCGCCCUAUCUGGCACCUUUUCCUCGACAAAUCACGAGCCAGCAACCGCUAUUUUUUCUUCCCACCGCUUCAUUCUCGUGUCCCGCUCUCCCUACUUCCAUGCGCAGCUCUUGAAUUGGGCACAGCCGGCAAAGUCUGGGGAACCAAUUACAGUCACGCUCCCCUCGCCUCCUUUUACCCCCGCCUCACUCCAUUUUACUUUGGGGUACAUCUACACGGGAACACUCGUGUUCUCCCACCGGACGUACGACCUGGACACCGCGUUCGCGAUCCUUAAGUCGGCGACCUACCUAUCUUUGGACGGGUUGGUCGCUGAAAUACAGGCCCGGAUCGUAUACGAAAUGAUUCAUGGGCUAUUUCAUGCAUCUCUCGAAUUCAACGAGUACGAACGCAUCACGGGGUCCAAGUGGGGUACUGGCGGAUGUCGGUGCAGACAGUGCGCCCGGCGAGCGCCACGUGUACUCGAAUUUGCGCUUGCAGAUGAUGUCAAGAACAGUUACUUGGAACGGGGCGCGCGACGGGCACUCGUAGGCCUGUUCGGGGAAGGCUGGUGCAUCUCUGAAUUCGCAUCGCUUCCGCAGAAGAUUCGAGAAAAUCUGCUGAAGGGUCUAGCAAAGCGGACGACGCCGAUGAACGUAUUUCCCCUAUUAUUCGCCGCGCAGCAUGCGAUAAAGAAGCUUGACUCUGUCAUUGAUGCCUGGGCAGAUAUAUCGCGGGAGAUGGUGCUACAGGCGCGGAAAGCGAUAGAUGAAUGUCUUGUGAGUCAGAGCGCCGAGUGUUUCGAACAGGAUGAUUGGCUACAGAUCAUGGAGGCAGAUGGCGAGAGGUUUGAUGAUGGCGAGAGGGUUGCCUGGGUGAUGGAAGCGAUUAAACGCGGAAUGGUUGAGAAACACGCUGGAACAGUGUAUCAGAGCCUUGUGAAUAUCCUCCUACGACCACACCCGACGGAUGAAGACGCUGCCAUGCUCUCUGCCACCUCGCACAUUCGCGUGCAAGUUGAAGACGCUCGUGCAGAUCUCAUUCGGUACAUCCGAAAACGUUGGAUGGGCACGCGUCAGCAAGGUGGUUUCGAUGGCCUCGAGGGCUGGGCCAUUAAAGAGAUCUCUCAGGACUCUGAUACACUUAGUGUGCAUUCGCUGCGCGCGUCUGUGCUCAGCCACUCACCUCCCUCACUCACCCGCCGCGGGUCAUCAGAUACGAUUACCACAAGCAUACGGACUCCCGAACAAUCAUCUGCCUCCCCGGAGGAGGCGAACGUCCUAGUUCAGCUUCGCGGUGCGACGCUCGAUGUCGGCAUUCCAUGCAUAGUGUCGUCGAAGCGCAAGCGUUUUAAGGCAUUUGCACGGUACAUCGGUGAAGUUGAGGGUGAGCUCGGACCCUGGGUCGGCAUCGAAGUACCACUGGAGGCCUGGGUUGGUGACCCCUCAGACGGCCGUCAGUGGAACGAUGGGUCCUGGGGUGGCAUCCGUUAUUUCGACAUCGGGAGUAAUGGGUCAGAGUGGGAGUUUGGCGCAGACGAUUAUCAGACGCAGAGACGGCGGAAGAUGGACUGGAUGAACGGAUCAGGGAGGGAUAAUCGCGGACUAAAACGAGAAGGAGACCAGUUGACCGUAGGAAUGGACCGCACAAAGCGGAUGCGAAGCUCCUCGCCCGCAGCAUCCGACCUGUCGACAUCCGAGUCCAGGGGACUGUUUGUCCGACCACAGCAAGUCCUAUACGUCGUAGACGCUGUCGGUGCUGAUCUCUGA